CCUGUAUAGACGUUCGAGAUCUCGCGGCUCUUGGCUCGCUAUAAAAGAUCCCUUCCGCACCGCCUCCCUCUUCUUCUUCUUCGGGAAAACACCAAAUGGCGGAUGACGCCGGUGCAGCGGGAGGGCCUGGAGGACCCGGGGGCCCAGGAUUAGGAGGCCGCGGCGGCUUCCGCGGAGGAUUCGGCAGCGGCCUUAGGGGCCGCGGUCGUGGCCGAGGCCGUGGCCGUGGUCGAGGCCGCGGGGCUCGUGGAGGUAAAGCUGAAGACAAGGAGUGGAUCCCCGUCACCAAGCUGGGCCGCCUGGUUAAGGACAUGAAGAUCAAGUCCUUGGAGGAGAUCUACCUGUUCUCCCUGCCCAUUAAGGAGUCUGAGAUUAUUGACUUUUUCCUGGGUGCAUCUCUAAAGGAUGAAGUUCUGAAAAUCAUGCCAGUGCAGAAGCAGACUCGGGCUGGCCAGCGGACCAGGUUCAAGGCCUUUGUCGCUAUUGGGGACUACAAUGGCCACGUUGGUCUCGGUGUUAAGUGCUGCAAGGAGGUUGCCACUGCUAUCCGAGGGGCCAUCAUCCUGGCCAAGCUUUCGAUCGUCCCAGUGCGGAGAGGCUACUGGGGGAACAAGAUUGGCAAACCCCACACUGUGCCAUGCAAGGUGACAGGCCGCUGUGGCUCUGUGCUGGUGCGUCUCAUCCCCGCCCCCAGAGGCACUGGCAUUGUCUCUGCUCCUGUGCCCAAGAAGCUACUGAUGAUGGCCGGUAUAGAUGACUGCUACACUUCAGCCAGGGGCUGCACUGCCACCCUGGGCAACUUUGCCAAGGCCACCUUUGAUGCCAUCUCCAAGACCUACAGCUACCUGACCCCUGACCUCUGGAAAGAGACUGUGUUCACCAAGUCUCCUUAUCAGGAAUUCACUGACCAUCUUGUGAAAACCCACACCAGAGUCUCUGUUCAGAGGACCCAGGCUCCAGCUGUGGCUACCACAUAAGGGUUUUUAUACAAGAAAAAUAAAUGAAUUAAGUCUGUUAA